CCUCUGUUGUAAAGAGAGGUGAAUAGAUAUGUGCAGCUACGAGUGAGCAUGACUUUUAAGUAUAAAGUUAAAAUUUUACAAUUCAUCGCUGGGAUUUAAAUCCAGUGGCAGUAGGAAAAGGUGUAAUAUUUAUUUUGGGUGUCAGGUUUUUAUUAGCAUGCCAAUAGAAAAUAGUGUAGUGACUUGCAGGUGUGUGUGUGUAUUGAAUGGGGGGUCCUGUAUUUAAUCACAAAGUCAUGCUAUCAGCGUAAAAAAAAUGAGGAGAUGUGUAGCCCAGCCUCAUAAUCGGUUCGGUAUCGUAUUAUCGCUUUCCACCGUCCAGUGUGAUUGACAGCGCCGAUAACAGGCGGUUCUAAUUUUCACUGUAGUCGUCUGAGGUUACCUGAUCCCUGUAUAUCUUCCGACAAGAAUUGAACUUUCUACUGUGGAUUUACAUUUCUCGUCUGUGACCGUGACCCAAGCGUGAACACAGAAGAUUUUAAUGCGUGGAAUACUGUAGGAAUUGAUUCCGUCAGACAGAAUUGGCAGAAAAGAUGAAAAUUCCGUCAGAUUUUGAUCCAGAGAAUUUGUUGAAGAAAUCGUUGGAAUUUCCACAACCGAAAAGAUGUAGGACGAGAAAGCAUGACUUGUACUCUGAACCUAGCCGAUUUCGACAUGUUGAUGAGCAUGUGCAGAAAGUGAGAACUGUCAAUCACCGAUCUUUUCGUGGGCUGCUGUGGCAUUUGCUUUACUCUGACAAACAAAUCAAAUGCGACUUGGAUAAAGUGAGGGCCAUAUACAGAUGGACGUCCAUGACUGCCGGUGUCAAGCAGUGCUUUGAAAAUGAUCCGAGUGGAAAUACUGCGGAGGAAUACAUCAACAAGUUCCAGGCCGGGAAAAUUGCACAUUCUCAAAUGUUUCAAUUGUUGUGCACGUUUGCGGGACUACACUGCAAGAUAAUCACGGGUUACGCAAAGGGAAAAGCCUUCCGCCCUGGAGAUUCGGGUCUGGACCCUAAGUUCCGACACUCCUGGAACGCUGUGUAUUUUGAUGGGGACUGGUUUCUUGUGGAUGCGAAAUGGGGAGCCUUAAACGGAAACAAGAAUUCGUCAGAGUUUAACGAAUUUUACUUCCUGACGGACCCGGAGCAGUUGCAGUUUAGCCACUGGGCGGAGGAACCAAGAUGGCAGUUGGUUGAUAGGCCAAUCCCUAUCAACGAAUUUGAGAACUACCCGUUUGUCAAACCGCACUUUUUCAAAGUAGGGCUUAAUUUCAUUUCGAAUGUGAAAUGCGUAAUCGAAACAAAGAGAGGCCAAGUGAAGUGGGAUUUAGGGGUGACACAUCCUGCCAAGUUCAGCUAUCAGCUAGUCACAUCUGACACGUCCAGUGACAGGUUUGAUGGGGUGUUGCUGAAGUAUUUUAUAUUCCACGAAGUACAAAAUGGAAGGGCAACUUUUGUUCUGCGUACUCCCGCACCUGGAGAUUAUUUUCUGAAAAUUUUUGCCAAAAGUUUACAGGAGAGAAACGGUCAUACUGGAAAUACCCGGAUGUUGGAAGUGUUAGAAUACAAGGUUCAAAUCAGCAAGUCCUGUAUCGAGGAUGACCCCUUGCCCAAAUGUUGGGACACUACCUGGGGACCCGGUCAACGUACUGAUAAGUUCUGUUUAUACCCGCUGCAGAAACGAGGCUUGAUAACUACAGAUGAAAAGGCAAUCAAAAUUGAAAUUAACAAAACCCGACCAGUCCAUAUUCUUUGCCGUUUGUGCCGAAACGGAUGGAAAGAAUCAAAAUUGCAGAGAUGUAUAGAUAUAAAAGACGAUGACACGAAGUCGUUUUUGACUGUGACUUUGCCUUACGCGGGAGAGUACGGACUGGAGAUUUUUGGAUGUUUCCCAAGUAGGAAACAGCAUGGCUUUCACCAUGUCUGUCAGUUUCUUAUCAGCUGUUCCUGGAGGGACGAAAACUUCACACAAGCGCAAUUGGAAGAGUAUCUUGAAACAGAGGAACCUGAAGAUAUGGUAUUCCAAAACAAAGAACCAGCCAGUCUUCCAGCUCACUUCCAGUUGCCGGACGUUAAGGUUGACGACUCAUUAGUUCCAGAACCCUCCCCGAGAUCAACCAGUUCCCUUCCACCAGCCACCCAGGUCGACUGGACUCAGAAUAUAGAGAAUCACGUGAAAUCGGUCUGUGAGAAAACAUACAGAACGUUAGAGCAACUCCUCUGGGAUCUGGUGUUUUCAAGAAAUGUGGAGAGUGACGUCAUUAAAGCCAGAAUUCUUUUUCAAUGGUUGGCGACCAUGAAGCCCCAGAAUUUGACGUUCGAUUCAGUAGAUAGCGGUAGUGCUGAAGAAGCUCUCCGAGGACUGCAGACUCAGCGAACCACCUACGCAAUGGCUUACCACACCUUAUGCAAACACAGUGGUUUGGUUUCAAAGAUAAUAUUUGGAGUAGCAAAGGGUAUGGAUUAUAAACCGGGACAAACGUUUACUCCAGGAUCGAAUCACCACACCUGGAAUGCAGUGCUACUUAAUGGGGUCUGGGAAUUGGUGGAUACACGAUUUGCUAGGAGACCUAUUACCACCAGUAUUGGGAGCGGAUCUCACGUACAGUACCAAUUAGACAAUCACUUCUUCAUGACAAAUCCUCAAAAGUUUAUUUACACCCACUUUCCAGAUGAUUCAAAAUGGCAGAUGUUAGAUCCGCUGGUUACUGUAGAGGAGUUUUGCAAUAUGCCUGUCAUAACUCCACAUUUCUUCGCUUUGGGUAUGGAUCUUUUAAGCCACAAACAAGCGUACGUGAAAAGCUCUUCCAUUUCUACUAUUGAGCUUGAAUACCCAAAGUCAAAAAUGUUGUAUUUCACAUUCAGUGUUAAUACUGACGAUGGAAAAGAAGAUUUUGGAGAUACUAAAUUGAACAGGUACGCCAUGCUGGAAGCUAAUGAUGGCAAAGUAACCUUUAGGCUACGAUUGCCCAUGAAAGGAACGUAUGCAUUUUGUGUAUAUGCCAAGGAAGAUAAUCCAAAUAAAUCUGACAAUAUGUUUGCUCAUGUAUGUGAAUAUCAGAUAGAACAAAGUGAUGUGGUGUCACCGGAGCCCAUACCUUACCCGCCAUGUGCUUACCAGAGCUGGGGUCCUGGCAUAGCUUUCUACCAGUUCAACAUGUUCACCCAAACUACAUCAGCAGUCGUUAAAACUACAGGUGGCGUUGCAAAAUUCGAAAUCCUCUCGCCAAAGCCAAUGCAGUUUAGAACCCGUCUUCUUCAGCACCAAGAGACUUCUGAAUUCGAAGGCUACGUUACACAUAAAAUCCAAGAACUCAGGACCAUGUUUACUAUUACCGCGCCUAGCAAAGGUGAAUUUGGGUUAGAGAUAUACACCAAGGACCCGGAGGCAGACGGCAAGAAAAUGAGACAUAUUGCUCAAUAUUUGAUCAUUUGUGAAGAAGAAAUUCAGACUGUACAGCUGCCCAAACUGCCAUCUGGAUUCUUAGGGUUGCAACCGAUGUUGGUCAAAUAUGGAGUAAGCACCAUCACACAUUCAGAUCCAGUUAUCCACGCCGAUACGAAUUAUCUAGAGAUACGCUUUGGAACAUAUCAGAAUAUGCGAUUCACGACAAGUCUCUUCGAAACGGAAACAAAAGCUGAAUGCUCUCAAUACGUCUUCAUUCAGUCCGACACAAAUGUCAUCACUCUUCUAGUUUGUCUUCCGAAAACAGGAUUCUUUACGCUGUGUGUCCAUGGAAAUCUGUUAACUGACAACAGUCAACAAAUACCCGGACUUUUCAAUUACUUGAUACACUGUAAGGAAGUGAAAGUUCAAGCUUUUCCGUAUCCAAAACAGUAUGGUUACUGGAAAGAGGGAUGCUCAAUGAUGGAGCCACUUGCUCUAAACCCAACCCAGGUUGCCUCAGUGGUUCCGUUCAAAGUCCAAAUCCCUAAAGCGACAACGGUUGCAGUAGUCGUAAAUAAUGAUUGGACGCCUCUAAAUCAUAAUGAGAAUGGGGUAUGGGAGGGCGACAUUCACAUAGAAACCGCACAAGGAGAAACGAAAGCGGUCCUAGUAGCGAGCUUUGGAGACGACCAAUCGAAAUAUGCUACACUUUUGGAAUACAAUUUAUAAUCUUGGAUUAUGUUUCGUGUAGGCAAGAGAUAUAAUUAAUAUAUAUCAAUUCUGACAUCACGUGAUAUAUAUAUACUGGGGAUAUAAGUGUUUGAUCAGUAAAAUGCACGCGAAGGAAAUUACUUUAGUUACGGUAUAUCCAGGCAGCGUUGAGUGGUGGACAGCAGACGACAGGGAAGGAUCGCUGAGAGAUUGACAUGUCGGUUUACAUAUCUUUCAUAUAGCUAAUGGUGUAUUUUAUAUGUGUGCUGUUUUAAAAUAAUUGAGAUAUAUGUGUUUUUCAUUAUAGUGUAUAAUACCAUUAUGUCUCUGUAGUUUACAAUAUCCAAUGUGACGGAAAAUGUUGAAGAAUAUGAACAAGAUAUAUAAAUCAGUAAUGUAUAAAUACUGUGAUGGUAUAUACUAAAUGCAUCAAUUUGACUGUAUACUAGAAUAUAUAUUUUUUAGCAUAAUGAGAUUAUACAUCUUACCAAA